AUGAGGAGACAGCAAACUGAAGAAACAACCACAGUAGUAUGUCAGACACCCAGGGAUUCAUACAAACAAGACAAGUGUGCAGGAGGAAGUGCAGGACCCCACUCUUCUCCCCGAGCAGUCCGGGGUAGUUCUGGUGGUGGUGGUUGUGGGCUAACAGUGGGCAUCAAUGGAUUUGGUCGAAUUGGUCGUCUAGUGUUGCGAGUCUGCAUUGAAAAAGGAAUAAAGGUUGUUGCAGUAAAUGAUCCAUUCAUCGAUGUUAACUACAUGGUAUAUAUGUUCAAGUAUGACUCCACUCAUGGUCAAUUCCUUGGAUGUGUUGAUGCUAAGGAUGGGAAGUUGGUGAUAAACAAACAGGAGAUCAGUGUCUUCCAAAGCCUAAAAGCUGAAGAUAUACCUUGGAAGAGUGCAGGGGCCCUGUAUGUGGUAGAAGCCACGGGAAUAAACCUCACAAAAGAAAAAGCCUCGGAUCAUAUCAAAGCUGGAGCUCGUCGAGUGGUGAUCACUGCUCCCUCCCCGGAUGCUCACACGAUUGUCAUGGGUGUUAAUGACUCCACCUAUAACCCCUGCAACAUGGUUAUAGUCAGCAAUGCCUCCUGCACCACCAAUUGCCUGGCCCCUCUAGCCAAGGUCAUCCAUGAGGCUUUUGGGAUGGUGGAGGGACUUAUGACCACAAUCCAUGCUUACACAGCAACCCAGAAGACUGUGGAUGGAUCCUCUGGCAAGAACUGGCGGGAUGGUAGAGGAGCCCACCAGAACAUCAUCCCAGCCGCCACCGGUGCUGCCCAAGCUGUAACGAAAGUCAUCCCCGAACUUGAAGGGAAACUGACCGGGAUGGCCUUCCGAGUCCCGGUUCCUGACGUCUCUGUGGUGGACCUCACCUGCCGAAUAAAAAAUCCGGCCCACUUAACAUGCAUUCUAGAUGAGGUGAAGAAAGCAGCUAAAGGACCGAUGGCUGGGAUCCUCAGCUACACCGAGGAUGAGGUGGUCUCUUCUGACAUCAUUGGAAAUCCCAAUUCAUGUAUCUAUGAUUCGAGGGCUAGCAUAUCUCUCAAUGACAACUUUGUGAAACUUAUCGCCUGGUAUGACAACGAAUAUGGCUACAGUAACCGGGUGGCCGAUCUCUUGCGUCUUAUGUUCAGCAAAGAGAACAAAUGA